AUGCCAAACAAUCACUACCCUCAUAUGGACGACAAUCUCUCAUUAGCCUCCUAUUCAACCGUCCAGCACUCAAUCGGCCCUGUACCCCCAGUCCAACUCCGUCAAAGAAACACAGUCAAACAAUGGGUCGUAAAGCGAAUAUCCCAAAGAAUGUCUCUAGGAAUGUCCCUGGCCUCAACCUGGGACGGCCGUCCAGCCAGUAGCUUGGACGCCCGCCGCCGCCCAGCCACAAGUUAUAAUGAGCUCAGCGCAAAGAACCUUGCCAAUCUAGCAAUAGCCAUAGAGAUGCGCGAUUCAACCCUCCUCAAUGAACCACGCAGCCCCACCGAACUAAUGCACGAGAUCGUUGAAGAGGAGAUCCCAGACUUAGAUCCGGAAACGGUCAAGUCGCGACGCAUUUCAAAGUCCUACGCGGACUUUUGUUACGAUUUUACGCUUUCUGGCUCGCAACAGGAGAAGAAGACGUUCGAUAUGAACAUGACCAAGUUGAAAGAGGAGGGCGUCGAUGAUACGCCCAAGUCGAACAGUUCGGCUGCCACGGUCGAUAUGGCAGUGAACGACGACCACCACAGUGUCGCUGAACGUGAACGUGAACGACCGCAAUCAAUAUUCCCUUCUUCUCCUUCUGCGCCAACUCCAUUGCAAUCUUUCAAAUACCCAAAUCCUUAUUCCCAAUCGCAGACAUACGACAACAACGUCGCGCAAAACCGGGAUCAGCAGUUAUCCCCCCCGGCUACCUGUCCUCUGCCACCUCCUGAUAUUCUCACCCCGACAAUGUACCGAGAACAACUUGCUAAGAAGGCGAGCAAGAAAUCAUCUUUUUGGCAGCCUUUGAGAUCGGUUUUCUCAAGGAGGUUGCAUUUCUGGGGACCGAGUGUCGGCAACAUUAUAGUUUCAUAA